AUGGCAAAGAAACGAAUUAAAAAUAAUGACAAGAAGAAGAAAGUCAGUUUAGUUUUCGAUGAAGCCAAGAGAAAAGAUUUUCUCUGUGGAUUCCGAAAAAGAAAAUUAGAAAGGAAAAAGAAAGCUCAAGAGGAACUUCAACGUAUGUUAAAGGAAGAAAAACGACGAAUUAAGCAAGAGAAUAAAGAAUCAUACAAAAAACUUGUAGUAUCUAGUCGUCCUAUUCCAGACAUAGAACAAUUGCUUCAAGAAGAAUAUGAAGAUGAGGAUGUAAAUGUUAAGAUUGUAGAACUUUCAUCAGAAACUCUUCAGAAAAAAGACAUAGUCAUUGGAGAAAAUAGGCCUAAGGAAAAUUUAGAAAAUAAAAAAGUAAAAGCAAACACAAACAUUAAAUUAAAUAAUGAAAUUCCUGGCAUGAGUUCACAUGAACAAGACAAUUCUGACAACACAGCAGGUGAAGAGGAAGAUGGAGAGCAAUUAAAAACCAAAAGAGAAGUAAAAAAAAUACUUAAAAAUCAAGCAACAAAGAAAUUGCAAAAAAGUAAAGUUUACCAGAUGAAAUCAAAACUUGAGAGAAUACAAAAUAGAAAAAAACAAAAGAAAAAGGUUAAAUCAGAUCAGCGGAAAGAAAAAGCCAAAAAGAAGAAUCAUAAGAAAAAACAU